GAAUUAAAUAAAGUGUAAUUAUGAACACAUCUUGCGCCUCGUGGGCAGCUACAUGACUUCGCAUUCACAGACCAAAGUAAUCGAUACUAUACACGUGCCUCAAAAGAAGAACAGAUACAUAAAACGCAUGAAGCCGUGUGAAUAAUAAGGAAGCAUUCGAAGACAUAUUUCUAGAGUGAUACAAAUGUCUAUGAAAACAUUCUUGCGACAUUUUGCAAGCGCUGUUGCAUCGUAUUUCCGCUCGGUAAUCUACCGCUUUUGUCUUUACCUGAUGUCACACAUGCGACCAAAAAGCAUGUAGAAGUUCUCCACAUCCACAGAAACAAUAUUAUCAUAAAAGACUGCAGAUAAAAUAUACAUCUAAUCGACAAACCUCUGGCUUGCCAUGGGUUUAACGAAGCAGUACCUGCGCUAUGUUUCGAGUGCUGUAUUUGGAGUGAUCGGCAGUCAGAAGGCCAAUAUCGCAUUUGUGACCCUCAGGGGAGGUGAGAAGGGUCGAUAUGUUGCUGUGGGAGCCUGUGAGCAUGUGUUCAUAUGGGACGUCCGCAAAGCUGAGAAGGUUCUUAUACUUGAAGGUAAAAAGCAUGAGGUGACAUACCUGUGUCCUUCUCCUGAUGGCGUCCACAUAGCUGUAGGUUAUGAGGACGGAGGUGUGCGCAUCUUUAGUCUGCUCAACGGUGAAAGCAGCAUCUCCUUCAGUGGACACAAAUCAGCUGUCUCGGUUAUAAGAUAUGAUGCACUGGGAGCUCGUCUCGUCACUGGCUCCAGAGACACAGAUGUGAUUGUGUGGGACAUCAUCAAUGAGUGUGGUCUGUACAGACUCAAAGGACAUAAAGAUGCAAUCACACAGAUUUUGUUUUUGGAGAGCAAAAACCUGCUGAUUACAAGCUCUAAGGACAGUUUUGUAAAGUGGUGGGACUUGGACACACAGCAUUGUUUCAAGACCAUGGUGGGGCAUCGCACUGAGGUAUGGGGAAUGGUCCUGUUGAACCAGGAGAGUAGGUUGAUCACAGGGUCUGCUGACAGUGAGCUCAGAGCCUGGGACAUUCAGUACAUUGAGGAGGGUAAAGAAGUGGGGGAGCCACAGGAAAAGAAAGCCAGAACUCUUCUUGAGAAUGAAGAGGAAGAUGAGGACGGACUUGACGGAGAGCCAGAAGAACGAAUUCUCAGCUGUAAGAAAGCUGGUUCUGUUCUGAGGGAAGCCAGAGACAGGGUUGUGUCCUUGGUCACAGACGCCAAAGCUAAAGUGCUUGCAUGCCAUGGCCUGGAUGCUACGCUUGAAGUCUUCACUGUACUGUCGGAGGAAGAGGUCCAGAAAAAAAUGGACAGAAAACUAAAGAAAGCCAAGAAGAAAACAAAGUCUCAAGGAGGAGGAGAUGAUGUGCCCGAACCUGUAGUGGAGAGAAAGUUGAGAGAUGAGAUCCAAAAGCUGGCAAACAUAAAGGCGUCAUCCAAGAUCAGAUCAAUGGACUGCCUUCUGGUUCCUAACGGAGAGAUGAAGGUUGCUCUUCUUCUGCAGAAUAACACAGUGGAGACAUAUACACUGAAGACUUCAGAGAAGAAUCCUACUGGUACCAAAACCUCUCGCCUCACACUGAGCGGUCAUCGUACAGACGUCAGAACUCUGGCCUUCAGCUCAGAUAACAUAGCCAUCCUCUCCGCCUCUGGAGAGACGGUCAAAGUGUGGAACAGGUCCACCUUGCAGGUCAUUCGUACCAUGGGAUGUGAAUAUGCUCUCUGCUCGUUAUUUGUUCCUGGAGACAGACAGAUUAUCUUAGGAACAAAGAGUGGGAAGAUUCAGAUUUUCGACCUGGCCUCAGGAAGCCUUCUAGAGACGACUGAUGCCCAUGAUGGAGCUCUUUGGUCCAUGUGUCUCGCUCCAGACCAGAGAGGGAUUGUGACGGGUGGUGCUGACAAGACUGUGAAAUUCUGGGACUUUGAACUCGUAAAGGAUCAGGACUCUGGGAAGAACAAGAGACUGACGGUGAAGCACACACGCACCCUGCAGUUAGAUGAGGACGUGCUGUGUGUGCGCUACAGUCCUGACCAGAGACUGCUGGCUGUCUCUCUUCUAGACUGUACGGUCAAGAUCUUUUACACAGACACUCUAAAGUUCUUCCUGUCGCUGUAUGGACACAAGCUGCCCGUUCUGUGCCUGGACAUUUCACAUGACAACGCUUUAAUCGCCACAGGCUCAGCAGACAGAAACGUCAAGAUCUGGGGUUUGGACUUCGGAGACUGUCAUCGCUCCAUGUUUGCACAUGACGACAGUGUCAUGUUUCUUCAGUUUGUCCCUAAAACCCAUCUGUUCUUCACUGCGGGAAAGGACCGAAAGAUCAAGCAGUGGGACGCUGAUAAGUUCGAGCACAUCCAGACGUUGGAGGGUCAUCAUCGUGAGGUCUGGUGCCUGGCCAUCAGCCCCAAUGGAGACCACAUCGUCUCCUCGUCGCAUGAUAAGUCCCUCAGACUGUGGGAGAGAACCAGGGAGCCCAUCAUCCUGGAGGAGGAGAAGGAGAUGGAAAGGGAAGCAGAAUUUGAGGAGUCGUUAGCUAAAGGUGAUGAACCUGUGGUCCCCGGAGAGACUAAAGGAGAGGCAGAGCCCGCUGGGAAGAAGACCAUUGAGACUGUGAAAGCCGCUGAGCGAAUAAUGGAGGCUAUUGAGCUCUAUAGAGAGGAAAGUGAAAAGCUGGAGGAGCACAGAGCCGCUUGCAAGGCAGCGGGGAAGGAGUUACCACCUCCUAAGAUGAACCCCAUCCUUGUGGCUUUUGGAAAUAUAUCUCCCUCUCGAUAUGUUCUGGAAGUAAUAAAGAAGGUGCGAUCCAGUGAGCUGGAAGUGUCUCUGCUGGUGCUGCCGUUUCCUUACGUGCCAGAUCUGCUGAAGCUCUUCAGUGGUUACGUACAGCAGGGCCUGGAGGUGGAGCUAGUGUGCCGCUGCCUCUUCUUCCUGCUCAGAGUCCAUUUUGGUCAGAUCACCAGUAAUCAGAUGCUGCUGUCAGUCAUUGAUGAGUUAAGGACCAACACGAUCUCUAAAGUGCGAGAGAUCAGGGAUGUCCUGGGUUUUAACAGUGCGGGUCUUCAGUUCCUGCAGCGUGAGGUUGAGAGCAAAGAGGACGUAAUGUUCUUUGCUGAUGCCACAGACCGCUUUGAAGAGAAAAAGAGAAAGAGAAGGAAACGUGAAAGAGCCGUCCUUACAGUCACAUGAAACUGAUGUGUUUGUCAACAGACUCUACUGCUUUGUGCUUUACCAUUCUGAAGAAGCAUCACGCUGAUGUUUUUAGAAGUUCAUGUGUCAUUUGCACCUGUCUAAAGUCCAUAAAGGUGAAUUUCUCCACAAAUCAGAUUAGUGAGGCUAUUAUUUUUUUUUUUUAAUAUGUUUGUAAAUGUAGAGUCCAGGCAAUUCAAUGGCCAUUAUGAUUUUCAUUUGCAUCGUUCUUAUACUGUAGCUGCAUGCACUGCAUAAAAUCAUAUUAUACCCAUUUUGUUAAAUUAGCUAUGAAAUGCUUAAGACAGUUUUAAAGAAGAAACACAUUUUAUGAAAACAUGUUAAGAACAUUUAGACUCUUUAAUUUUAGAUAUUAAUGUUUAAAUAUAAAAAAAAGGCUUUUUUUUUUAAAUGUAAGUACCAAAGUGAGGCGUUUUACUGGCAGGUUUAUGCAGGGGCUGCUACUGAACCGUGAAGCAGCAGCUCCACCAAGGAGAAGCAGUGCUGUUUUAUCAUGAAAUCUUUCGUGCAUCAAAUGAUGGAGUGGCACAAAUAAAUCAUGCCAUUUUCUUAUGUAGAAGCAGUGGUUAAAUAUGCAUAAUUUAAGAUUGAAUCCGAGUAAUCUGGGACAUAUUUGGCACUUUUUUGACUGUGAUAGAGUGAGAAAUGUAUGCAUCAGAUCUUUGGAGCCCCAUAUUACCUAAUGUCCCAAAUUAACCUAACAUUAUUGCCCAUAUGUUUUCUGUUAUGCUUAAUUCUGUGGAAAAGAUGAAGAAGUGAGUAAUCAAGACGGAUUCUAAAUCUCACUGAUCUCUGCAAGCCUGUAAAAACACAAGAGCUUUCAAUAGGGAUGAAAUAAAUGAGUUAAAUCUUUCUGUAUGGCUGAAGAAGGGGUGACCUGUUUUCAGCGCUGACUAUACUGAGCUCAUAACCUGGAUUAAAUUUACAGUUAAAAGCU